AUGAAUGGUAAAGGAUUAGAGAAAAAAAAAAAGACGAUUGUUAAAGGAUCCAUGAAUGAAAAAAAAUUUGCACUUAGUACAGCUUUCAUGAAAGGAAUUGGAUGGCUUGGUGUCAACGUAGCUUAUGCUCAAGAAGACAGCGAUGAUGAUGCAACUAAAAGUGAAGGUGUUGUCGAUGAUGAAAGCGAUGUAGAGGUUGAAGACGAUAAAAGUGGACAAAGAUCAGCGGAUUCGGCACAAGGUGGAAACGAGCAAGAGGAAGAGAAAGCAGAAGAAGAAGCAGCUCCGUUAAUUAAAUCAUCAGAAUUUGCUGAAACGAACAUCCUUUUUACCACAAACGAUGUACAAGCUCUACCUACUGGAACACUAUCGAAAUGCCUGAUUGGAUUUUCCAAUAUCGGAGAACUCGACUUCAUCGUUGAUUCGAUCGAAGGUUCCGUUAGGUAUCCUGCAGAUUAUAAUUACUUCAUACAAAAUACCACAUUUUAUUAUGCCUUUGCACCUCAUGAUUCUCUUGCUUCUCGCCCAUUUGGAUUAGUAUUUACUGUCAGUUAUAGAGAUGCAGAUGGAAACACCUUCCAAACUGUUCUUUAUAACGAUACCGUGACUUUUGUUGAAGGAAAAUCAGGAGUAGACGGUGAAAUGGUCUUUAUGUACGUUUUCUUGGCUGCUUGCGCUGCUUUGGUUGUUUUGUUGGUACGCCAGCUAGUCGUAGCCAGAAUGAGUAAAAAAUCUGCAAAACCUACGUUUGAAACUGGUACUCAAAAUGCCGAUAUUGACAUGGAAUGGAUCCCGAAAGAAAAUUUAGUUAUUGCCGGUGGCUCGCAAUCACCAAAAAGAUCGCCAAGGAAUCGAAAAUCUAAAGCGGAAAGUAGUUAAAAUAUUAACUUGAAAAAUUG